AAGCGCAGAAAUGCGUUGCACCAACAUUUAACAAAUGCUUACAACGCCCUAUGAAGUCCUUAAUAUAAGUAGCAGUUCAUCGGCGACUUAAAUUUGUUUAGCAAUUCUUAAAAACCGAACAGAACCGAAUGUGGCCGAGAUCGGGUGGAUGUCAUGGAAACGAUCAUAACAAAAUUGAAAUACACGCUUUUAAAAACAAUCUGCAACAUCCGGUAUCUACCUGGACCGCAAAGUAAAAUCCGAAAUGUUUGUCUGGGAAUCCGAAAUUUCGGUACCAUUCUCGCCAUUGUGGCUGAAUAGUGAUAACGUGUUUUUUAAUAUUCGUUUAGUUUUGUUUUUUGAGAGCUGUGAGUAAUAAUAGUGUUGAAUAAAAGUUACGGUAAGAUGAAUACUAACAACAAAAGAACACGCGGCGCGAAUUUUACGGCAGAUGAGAGGGCUCUUGUUUUAUCUUUAAUUAUUGAUCGGCGUCACGUUUUGGAAAAUAAAAAGACGGAUGCCGUAACAAAUAGAGAAAAACAGCAGUGUUGGCAAGAACUCACUGACGAAUUUAAUGCCCAAUGUCCAGCAGGGGUGCUAAGGUCGAUGAUAUCACUUCAAAAGUGGUACAACAACAAAAAAAAAGAGACAAGGAAAACUGUGGCGGAAAAUCGAAUGGUUUUUCGAGAAACAGGAGGCGGUCCUUCGGAAACGCAGGAUGGUGGCCCAGAAUUAGAGUUAACUUUAGCGGCAAUGGAUUCCACGACGGUGUAUAGAUUACCAACAAAUUUUGGAGGAGACACCAUUGGAGAAUCGGAACUUUUGCCAGAUGAUGAGGAAGAUGACGAUGAAAAUGAAUUCAGCGAGGAGGUAAACCCAGAAGAUUUUGCGAAACCACCAACUUCAAGGGCAAUACCAUCUUUUAUCUCAAAAUCAGUACCACUACCAGUAACAUCAAGAAGAAUGAAAUCGUUAGAUGCCGGCCAAGUUACUAUAUCAACUGAUGCAGGCAAUUUUGCGUCAACGCCAAUCAAACGAAAAUUGGAUUCUUGUCCGGUUCAAAAUCCGAAUGUUCUCGAAAAACUCGACUGGGGCGAUUAUAAAACUGGCCAUUUAAAAACACCCAGAUCUCAACAACUGCAUACAAUUUCUUCGAGGAGGAGGCCUACACUACAGGCAUUGCAUUCUAGCCACAUAUCGAAAAUGUAUGAUGAGUUGGCCAAGAAAAAAUUGCAGUUAGCGGACGUGCAACUAGAAGAAAUGAAAAUUCAACUCGAAGAACGGAAAAAGGAAACGGAACGGAGGAAAACAGAAUUUGCCCUAAAGAAAGAAGCUAUGGAACUGGACAUAGCAAUAAAAAAAGAACAGUUAAAAAAACUAAAAUUUACUAAUAUAGAUUUAUGAUAAUAAAAUAUUUAAU